AUGCCUCUUGUCGUUCCAGGAAUCACCAGCACUGGCUCUGGAGACAAGACCGAGGAGUGGUCCAACAAGCUCGUCGGCAAGAAGCUCUCAGACGAGUUCAAUGACGAGACGAAUUUCUGCAAGAAGGAUCUCCCGCAACAGUGCCGUGUCAUUGAACCGGGAAUGAUGGUCACCAAGGACUUCCAGCCCGAAAGAUUGAAUGUCCAUCUCAAGGAUGAUGGCACCGUCAGCCACGUUCAGCACGGUUAA